GUCUCUUGAGUUUAACCAGCUGUAUGGGAGCAUACCGAGCAGUCUCAUCGAGCUCACGCAGCUCAAUUUCCUGUCGGUUGCCACCAACCAGCUCAACGGCUCCAUCCCGGCUGACAUUGGUGUGCUCACCAAGUUGGCAAGCAUGGAUGUUUCAAUGAACCAGCUUUCAGGAAGCAUUCCUGCAAGUGUCAGUGCUCUCACUCAAGCCACUAUCUUGAAUUGUUAUGGCAAUCAGCUCACUGGCUCAAUUCCCGCUGAGAUUGGUUACAUGACAAAACUAGUGGUUCU